UGUCGCUCUCUCCCUGUGAGUGCCCGCGGUGAAUUGGUCCAGCAUCCAUACGCAGUCAGUGGGGCAAAUGUAGAUGUAGAAAUAUCAUUUGAAAAUAUGUAAUCGUGGGAUAAGUUCUCGGCGUUGGCAGUUUGCGAUGAGGGAAGGAAAAUAUGGCAGAUUGGAUCUUGUGUUGCGCCUCUGUGGAGCACCGACCGUUAUAUUGAGAGAAAUAAUGCGGAAUAUUUCCCCCUGUAGGUGUUAACGCAGAAAAUACAAGAUGAAGAAGCAAUUCAAUCGGAUGCGACAGCUCGCCAACCAAACGGUGGGAAGGGCAGAAAAAACAGAGGUGUUAAGCGAGGACCUUCUACAGGUGGAGAAGCGUCUGGAUCUGGUCAAGCAGGUGACACACAGCACUCACAAGAAGCUGACCGCCUGCCUGCAGGGUCAGCAGGGGACUGAUAUGGAGAAGAGAUCCGUCAAGUCACCUUCUAAAAAACUACCGCUCACGAUCCUGGCACAAUGUAUGGUAGAAGGGGCUGCAGUGUUGGGGGACGACUCUCUCCUGGGGAAGAUGCUGAAGCUGUGUGGGGAGACAGAAGAGAAGUUGGCCCAGGAGCUCAUCCAGUUUGAGUUCCAGAUAGAGAGAGAUGUGGUGGAGCCUCUCUAUGUGCUUGCUGAGGUGGACAUUCCCAACAUCCAGAAACAGAGGAAGCACUUAGCUAAACUUGUCUUGGACAUGGACUCCGCUCGGACAAGAUUUCAUCAGUCCUCCAAGUCAUCCAGUCACCCGAGCACACUGCAGCCCGGCGCCAAGUCCGAGUCUCUGAGAGAGGAGAUGGAGGAGGCAGCCAAUCGGAUGGAGAUUUGCAGGGAUCAGCUGUCAGCAGAUAUGUACAGUUUUGUGGCCAAAGAAAUAGACUAUGCAAACUACUUCCAGACACUGAUAGAAACGCAGGCAGAAUACCACAGGAAGUCAUUAGAGAUUCUUCACAGUAUCCUGCCCCAGAUUAAAGCUCACCAAGAGGCGUGGGUGGAGAAGCCGUCCUUUGGCAAGUCUCUAGAGGAACACCUGAACAUUAGUGGGAGAGAGAUUGCCUUCCCCAUUGAAGCUUGUGUCACCAUGUUGUUAGAGUGUGGCAUGCAAGAAGAGGGUCUCUUUAGAGUGGCUCCGUCAGCCUCCAAGCUGAAGAAGCUGAAAGCUUCCCUGGACUGUGGAGUUCUGGAUGUGCAGGAGUACUCCUCCGACCCACACGCCAUCGCAGGGGCUCUGAAAUCAUACCUCCGUGAACUCCCUGAGCCACUGAUGACCACUGAACUUUAUGAUGAAUGGAUUCAGGCCUCCAACAUUCAAGAUAUGGACAAGAGACUACAAGCACUAAUGGCAGCAUGUGAAAAACUCCCCACAGACAACUUGAACAAUUUUAGAUAUCUAAUCAAAUUUUUAGCCAAGCUAAGUGAGUACCAAGACGCAAACAAGAUGACUCCUGGUAACAUGGCGAUUGUUCUCGGCCCCAACUUGCUUUGGACACACACUGAACCGAACAUGACAGAGAUGAUGACCACCAUGUCCCUGCAGAUUGUUGGCAUUAUUGAGCCCAUUAUCCAGCAUGCUGACUGGUUCUUCCCUGGAGAGAUUGAAUUCAACUUGACAGGCAGCUAUGGCAGCCCGAUCCACACCAACCACAACUCCAACUACAGCUCCAUGCCCUCACCAGACAUGGACCAAUCAGAGCGCAAGCAGCAACACGACCAGAGCCGACGCCCACUGAGCGUCGCCACUGACAACAUGAUGCUGGAGUUUUACAAGAAGGAUGGCAUUAGGAAGAUACAAAGUAUGGGCGUCCGGGUUAUGGAUACCUCCUGGGUGUCUCGUAAGGGUUCGGCCACGCUGGCACGCAAGGCCUCCUCCACCCCUCCGGGCAUGCAAGGGCCUGGCUCUCCCGCAGACACGCUGAUCCCGGAGCAGCCAGGAGAGCUCGCCACGUCCCCAUCCGCAACGCCACCACCUGGAGAAAGAGUUUGGGGAGCGCCCCACUCCCUUUCGUCCCCACCCUCCCUGACCGGAACGCUCACCAAGUCGCGGCCUGCCCCUAAGCCCAGGCAGAGACCCAGUCUGCCCCCUCCUCAGCCGCCCACAGCCCCCCCAGGGUUCACUGGCCCAGGCAUGGCCCCAGUUCCCCAGCCCCUGGAGCAGGGCCUCCUGGAUGGACUGUCUCCUGGGGAGAGCAUGUCUACAGAUAUCUUCAAUUAUGAAAUCCCCUCCAUCAAUGUCAAUCUGGACAGCCUCAUCGAUGAGUUCAGCGGUGCCCCUUGCAGGAGGUCCGUGGCAGUGACAGACUCUCCAGAGGGGGACGCUGUGCCUGAGGAGGAACCCCAGAGCACCACUCUAUGACCUAUGACCCUAAGGCAUCACAGCUUACCAGCACCCCUAUGGCUGUACAUACUCUUUAACUGUCGCCACCAAGGCCUGAUGGAAACACACAUUGGCCUCACCAAUGCCCACCUGAAACCAGAACUCGAACACAUCUGCUACAGGCUGCAAAGAAACUCAUCUCUUACAAUUGCUCGCUAGUACAUUAAUGUCACUACAAAAAAAAAAAAACACCAAAAUGCCAUAGCGGAGGAACAGUUGCCUUUAGGAGGAAAGACUGGAAUAUUGAUGAGUAUUACAUUAAAAGGUUUUUUAAUUGUU